UUUUCUCAUUUCAUACGGUGUGCGGAGAUUCGAGGUGAGAGAUGGCUGAAAGUGAGAAAAAUACCGAUGCGGAAAUGUCGCAAGAAGCCGUGAAAGAAGAUCUUUUGGAUCUAUGGAUAUAUCUGAAAAAUGCAUUCGAUCUAAAUGGAGUGCACAAAGGGGAGAUAGUAACCCUUAGUAUAGAGGACGAAUCCCUAAUAAUAAAUACAGAGUUGGGAGCUAAAUACAGAUCUGAGAAAAGAAUGCUGUCGGAUAAGCUGUGGAACAGCCUGCUAAUUUGGCGAGAGGACAAACUCCUCAAUGAUCUGCCGCUGGAGAUGCCGAGGACUCCAUCUGAGUGUCACCUAGCUACCGAAGAAGCACGUGCAGAAAUGGCAAUUGUUGAAAAUUCAGAGGAGCGAGAUAAGGAUGGCGUGGACGGUGAGAUAGGCGAGCUUGGCAAAGGAAAGAUGGAGAGUUUGUUGGCCAAGAUGGCCACGGUAGCUGAGGUUGCCAAAGAACGAAAGAUUCUACCUAUAGUUGUUAGUAACGAAAUUGUUUCUGAUCCCAAAACUAGAGACUACCUCAAUCGAAUUAAAGAUACUAAACCUGAUCCCUCAGUCUCAAAGAAGACAAUACAAGAAAAUUUAGAAAUUAAUGAAACUUCAGCCAUGACUAAGGUAAAAAUACAAGAGACCAAAAUUUCAGAAAUGACUAAAGCCAUCUCGAAUUUCUGUAUUACUACAACCAAGACAAUGGAGCAAUUUGGUGCGUCGUUGCUCCAGCUAAAUCAGCUAAUUGCGACUCAAGAAAAUGUCUUGGCUGAGUCACAAAGAGAAGGUACAAUAAUAGUCGAAACAACUGAAAAAUUGUAUGAAUUAAUCAAGAGCAUGAGAGAGGAGUGGAGCACACAAAUCAUUAGACUUAAUAAUGUGGUUGAUAAAUUAAUCACCACAUACAAUAUAGUAGAUAUGGAAGAGGAAGGAGAAUAUGAAACAAAUGAUAAAAAUAAACAGACUGAGAAUGUGGCAACCGGUGACAAUGAAAGUUUAGAAUCUAAAAUUUCGAGUGCAGUUAAACAACAAUUAGAAAGUUUGAGGCGCGAAGAUUUGACACAUAUGCCACAGAUACAAUCAAUAGAGUUCGUUACCAAAAACUCUAACGGUGCGAGUCUAUCAUACGACCAAUUAAAACUUCUAGUCAUGCAGGAUGAGGCGGCGCGAAAUCAGGUGCGAGGUGGGCUAAAUGAGGUGCGAAGUGUCCAAGGAGAGGUCUGUCUGGCAGACAAUGCUACAACUGUGGCGAGUUUGGAAACCACAAAGCGGCAGAAUGCACCAAGCCUUCAAAGAAUUUCAAUCAGCAAAGAGGAGGAUACAGGUACAAUAAUAGUCGCUCCCGAGGUAGAG